CAACAGCUCUACAUAUUUUACUAUGGCAUUCAACAUUGGACACAUGUUUUUGGUCACUAUCCUGGCCAUUGUCUGCGCUGCGGAGACGAUUCAGUUGCAGCCAACGCAGGGUAUCCUGAUCCCAGCACCAUUGGCCGAGAACAUUCGUGUGUCGAGAGCUGCCUAUGGCGGCUAUGGAGCACCAGCUGCCGCACCUUCUUACUCCGCUCCAGCUGCACCUUCUUACUCCGCUCCAGCUGCACCAGCUUACUCCGCCCCAGCUGCACCAGCUUACUCCGCUCCAGCUGCACCAGCUUACUCCGCUCCAGCUGCCCCUGCAUACUCUGCACCCGCUGCUCCCGCCUACGCCGCACCCGCUGCCCCAGCAUAUUCCGCACCAGCCGCACCUGCCUACUCACCAGCACCCGUCCCAUCCCCUCCGUGCCCAAAGAACUACAUGUUCAGCUGCCAGCCCUCUCUGCAGCCCGUGCCCUGCUCAGCGCCUGCUCCAUCCUAUGGCUCCUCGGGUGCCUACUCUCACUACGCUCCCCAAUACGCUGUGCCCAUCGUCCGCGAGUUGCUUUAAGUGCAACAUCUGAUCUUGGUUUUGGAAAACUGCUACGUCUCUUGCAAUAAACUGAAAUUAUUUUGAAAAAUUA